CUUGGCGGCGGCGGYGUCGCGCAAAGCCCGUGAAGGACGGCGGCGGGCCCGUGAGGGGGGGGCGGCGGUGUCGGCGGUGUCGGCGGCGCGAUAGCGGCUCUGUCGCGACAGGCGCGCAGCCAUGCCGUUCCUCGGCCUGCAGAAGCAGCUGGGCAUCGAUCUGGACAGCUGGCUGUUGCGGCAGAGCAUGCCGCAGCCGCACAGCCAAGCCGCGGCCUGCCACGCCUUCGAACGCGAGUGGGUGGAGUGCGGGCACGGGCUGGGCCAGACCCGCGCCCGCCGCGAGUGCCAGCUCGAGUACGAGGAUUUCAUGGAGUGCAUGAACCGCACCAAGCUGGCUAAACGGCUCCGGACCAUCCUGGAGCAGCGGGACAAGCUGAUCAAAGAAGGAAAGUACACACCCCCCGACUACCACAUGGGCAAGGAGGACCCCAGGCCGUGAUUGCCACUGGAAUUCCUCUCRGAAGAAAACCCCCAGGGCACGGGGUGGGUGCCCUGCCUUGGCUGAAGGGGAACAACCUCCGGUUGGGCGUGGCUCAGGCAGUAAAUAUCCCUUUGGAAUGUC